AUGGCAGGCAGCAAGAAUCACGCUCGUGGUCAGAAGCAGAACGGCCCGUCUUGGAGACGCAAUCUAGAUUAUGUCUACGCCUCGUUCUUCAUACUUCAUAUUGUGAUCAUGUUUAUGGUUGAUCUUGUUCCGCUAUAUCCUCUUGCCUUGAAACCAGCCUUUCUCGAUGACAUCCGCAGCUUUUACAUAAACACAUACCACGAUAAAUUCUUCAUUGACCCCCCAGCUUGGUUUGGCAGUUACUUGGCUAUGGAACUGGUAUAUCAUGUUCCAGCAAGCGUAAUCAACGCUUCUAAACUCCUAUAUACAAUAGACGAUUCCUCUGCACCACUUCAUGUGCUGGUAUGGGCUAUACAGACGUUUAUCACAACCCUCACUUGCGUGGUGGAGGUGUGGAGCUGGAUAGAUCGUACGACUGACCAAAAGAUGAAUAUAAGUUUACUCUACGUCCCAUAUAUGAUAUUUGGUAAGCUUAUAUUAAACUCUAUACCCAGUAUGAUUCCUAAUGAAGCUAAGAGAAUUGUAGCUGGGUUGGUCGGGCUUGACAUGUUCAGCCGGUUACAAACAUCGUUGAAUAAGCUCAAAAGGGAUUGA